AUGGAAGAGCGACGAGCUCGUACUAGAACAGACCAGAUCGAGAGACUCCGAAAGUGCAAAGGAGGAGAGGAACGGGUCACCCAGAUCCUUCUUUAUCGACUACCCGGUUGGAGCCUGACACACCUCGACGAGCUCUACAAACCAGUCGAAGUCGAAACAGAGCCGGAGAUCCCUUUACCUUCGCCUCCAUUCAGAGCAUCGCAGAACUCGCCCUUGACUCCACCAUCAUACCAGUCUGACGACCAGGGAGGACCGAACCCUGAAGAGCUAUCCAAGAAGCUGAAAGCGAUCGAGAUCGAACAGAACCGAACGAAUCUCGCGAUGAUUUCGCCACUCCCCCGAUGUACCGGUACCGAACUCGUCGGAGAAUGGCUCAAUUCGUUUGAGGCCGGGAUGUUGGACAGGAACGUGGACGAAGACGAUCUGAAGAUGGCCAAGUAUUGGAAGACGUGUAUCGUGAACGACAGCCCGGCGCAAGCCUGGUACGACACGUUGGCGGAACAAGAACGCAAAAGCUUCGACUCGAUGCGAUCGAGCUACAAGAAUCUCUUCGCUAGCACGAGGAUCAAGUCGGACGCGGAGAGUCUCCAAGAUCUGAGGAAGCUGAAGAUCACUGACCAAGAACUGAACACUCGAGAGGCGAACGGAAGCCUGCGACAUGAGUCGUUCGCUAGGGAGCUCCUCACCGCUGCCUCCCGCAUCCCAACCGCGGCUAUGUCGGACAACUUGAAGGCGAGUACUAUGCUCGAAGGCUUGGGUCCCGAACUCAAGAAGCACCUACGCCUGACGUUGGGUAGGAAUCCCGGAGUAAGGGAGGUCGUAGACGGGAUUAGGGGUUUGACGGAGCUCGACAUCGACGUCAUGAUGGAGCCUUACCGAUGGAGGAAGCAGUUGGAGGAGAUCCGCCGAGCUGAGACGAGCAGGGGCAGAUCGUUCGGUUCUCAGAUCGAUCCUGGCCAGUCGGGGUUGCGACAGACCCCCUAUCAACAAGAACCCAUAUUCCAGCGAGACGCAGCUGCGAAUAGCGAAAACCAAGCGGUCGCGAUCCCGAUCGGACCUUUCAGCCUCACUCCGGAGGGGCAGCAGGCGUAUACGGACGCGACGAAGGCGUGGUAUGCGAGGUACGGCUUCGGUACACCAUCUAGCUUGUCGAAGCCGUUCCCGAUGUCGCCAGGCACAGCUAAGCCCGGCUCAGGCGAGUGCUUCAGGUGCGGUAACCUAGGGCAUUUGAGGCCUCAGUGCAACGGGCGGGAAAUCCCGGAGAACGAACAACGAUACAGAGGUCAGGUCAUGAACGAAGGCAGGCGACGACAAGGGCAACAACAAGGCCCAGCGAGCGGCAGGAAUUACGGCUCGGGAGCGAACGCAACGGUGCCUAUCCGAGGAUUGAUGGCUAAGUCCGGGUUCGGGCUGCCUGACGCAUACGACAACGGCCUGGAAGGACCCGCGUGGGACCCGCCUUUUUGUGAAGCGGGAAACGACGAGGGGUUCGACCUGUAG